CAAUUGCACCUCUGCCCAAAUGUCGAGCCCGCUGCUAGACGUCUGGGACGCGGCCGCUGCCCAGCCCUUCCACCCGGCCGUCGGAAAGGACACGCAAUUCACCGUCGGCUUCGUACUGCUGGCCAUAUCCCUUGUCCUGACCACCAUCUUCGGUCUGAACCGCUCGCUCAUCAACCUGCCACUCCUUGGGGUUCCCGCUUCCCUGGCAUUCGGCUUCGGUUCCGUGUACAUGAUUUGUGCGGUCGGUGUCUACGUCUAGUUUUCCUGCUUUAUCCGUCCGGCGUUAGGGAAGGGCAAUCUUGCGUGUACAAUUUAUCCAAUACCAAUACAAAGUUCACGACGC